GGUCACUCUACGUUCAAUUUUCACAGCCGCAGGUCGUUCGUCGCGUUGCUGCUGCCUCAAAUUAAUUAAAAACAAGAACGGAUUGCCCAGUUUGGUAAAUGAUCAAAGUGUGCACCGCUGCACAGCUAAUUCGAAUCGGUUUUAGUUAGCCAGCCGCAAUCGAAGCUGGAAAAUCCACAACAAUUCUAACGGCGUGUGCGUGAGAGCGAGAUAGACCGAACGUGUGUGUGAGAGCAUAAAAUCUCGGCAAUAACAAAAAACAUACAUAUGCUUGAGGGUUCGAUUAAAACGCCAGCGAGCCUUUGUUUAAAACCCCUGAUAAGUGAAUAAAUCGCGGGCUUAGAACUGAAAACUGAGCGGCAGCAAACAAAAUAGCAACAAAUACCCCCGCCCCCGCAAAAAAUCACGCAUUACGUGCGCACUGUUGUUGUCAAUGAGUGUGCUAGUGUGGAGGCACACGUAAAUGUGUAUGUGUGAGCUUGCCGCCACCGCAAUUGAGGAAAAAUACACCCAUACUAGAAAAGCGAAAUAAAAAUAAGCUGUGGAAGUGUGUGUGCGCGUGUCGGUGACGUCGACGUCGGCAUCGAAUAGAAUCGAACGUGUUAAAGUGACGAAUAAACAAGCGGGAAUCGGGUACUGGAAAUAGGAAUCAUCAACAUCAUCGCAAGUGAUAGACAAACGACAACAGACAGCCAAACAUUUGUUCAUUUCCUUCGCACAUAUGAAUAUGCAUGUGUAUACAAUAGCACGACGUACGUAAUAGUUUGCCGCCGCAGACAUUAAGGCUCUGUUCUGUCUCUGUCUCUCCCCUCGCUGUGUGCCCCGUCUUGCUCCCGCCCGCUUGUUUACACCGAACGCCCACCACCCACACACCGAGAUCCCCCGCCCACCGUUUACCGUUCGCCGUCACUUUGAAUAGGCAUCAUGCACGGGAUCGCAGGGCUCCCGGCUGGCGGAAGGAGCUUUCCAACACUGGCGGACGCCGAGUGACAUUCGCAGGAAAUAACUGCACUUUCUGAAUGCCUCUUGAAAAUCAACGAAUUUAACCAAAAGCCGCAAAAAUGCACGUUUCGGCCAUAAAAGUCGGCUUAAAAAUGAGGGAAGCGAAUGAUGAUGGCGCUUUGGUCGUCAGUAAUCAUCGAAUAUGCAGCAUGAAAGCAAAUGGGAGCUGCUGCGAACUAACAACAACGCCGAGCGAUGGCAUUGGCAAAUUUUUAAUGUCAUGGCGACGACGCCGGCGACGCAACAAUAAUAAUGAUAAUUGCAAUUAUACUACUACAACCGAUGAUUUCAAUAAAAUCAAUAAAUUGCUGCUAAUUACGUACAUGCUGCUGAUAACAGCGGCCACAAUUUGUCAAAGCGCCGCCGCCCAGUCGUCGUCAUCAUCGAAUGGGAAUGGAAGUGGUGGAGGAGUAGGAGGAUCUGGAGCCACUGGGGGAUCCCCUCUGAGUGCUUUCCUCAAGUCGGGAGGCGCCUCCUACAAUCAGCAGUUGCCGCAGCAGCAACUCUUUGCCAUGCUGACCAGAAACGGAGGAGGAGGAGGAUCGUCGGGAUCAGGAUCAGGAACGGGUGGAGGAAGCCGGGGAUAUACCAACGCCAGGCAGCACUUUAUGGCCCUCAGCGAAGAUGACUCGGAUGCCGAUGUGGACGAGGAGGACAUGGCUGCCCUUCACUAUCCCCUGGCCGCCGCCUCACAUCCCCCAGCAUCCUCAUCCUCCUCCUCGUUUUCCAUCCAAUCGGGAUCACUGGAAACGAACGGAUUCGUGGCCGACGAUGGCGGUCAGUACGAACAGGCCCAAAAGGCCCUGGAGGCAGCUGCAGCGGCGGCCAAGGCCAACAAUAAGUACAAUAUCGACUGCCCCAAGGACUGCAAGUGCCUCAAUGUCCUCUUCGACUGCGACAAACUGCAUCUGGAACGGGUGCCCGUCUUGCCCAGCUACGUGCAAACUCUGCAUUUGGCUAACAACAAAUUGAACGACACAACCGUUCUGGAGAUUCGCAAUCUGUCCAAUUUGACAAAAUUGUCUUUAAAGCGGAAUUUAUUGGGGGUGUUACCGAAGUUUACAGGACUCAGUGGUCUGAAACACUUGGUAUUGGCCAACAAUCACAUAACCAGCAUCUCCAGCGAAGCUCUAGCAGCUCUGCCUUUGCUAAGAACGCUAGAUCUGUCACGAAACCAGCUGCACACCAUCGAGGUCAACUCUUUUCCCAAACCAAAUAGUCUAGUUCACUUAAUACUCAGCUUCAAUGAGAUAGCCAAUGUAAAUGAGCACUCUUUUGCGGCUUUAAAUAACCUGACGGACCUGGAACUGAACAAUAAUCGCCUAAGUGCACUGCCCAUGGGAGUGUUUAAGAAUUUAAACCGACUGAAGAAGCUAGCUCUCAACUUCAAUCAACUAGAGAUCAACUGGUCCACGUUUCGUGGCCUUGUUUCAAUGAGAAACCUUCAACUGAAGUCAAAUAAGAUCCGGGCGCUGCAGGACGGCGUCUUCCAUGUGAUGCAUAACAUCGAGACCAUAGAUCUGGCCAUGAAUCAGAUCAGUUCGCUUUCCCGACAGGGUCUUUUCAACUUGACAAAGCUCCGCCACCUCAACCUGUCGUACAAUGCCAUAUCGCGCAUUGAGUUGGACACCUGGGAGUUCACACAGUCACUGGAGAUGUUGGAUCUCUCGAGUAACCUCAUUAACGAGUUCAAGCCCCAGCACUUGGACUGCCUGCAUCGCCUGAAAACGCUCAACUUGGCCCACAACCGACUGCAAUAUCUGCAGGAGAACACCUUUGACUGUGUGAAGAAUCUGGAGGAGUUGAAUUUGCGUCGCAAUCGCUUGUCCUGGAUUAUUGAGGACCAGAGUGCGGCGGCUCCGUUCAAAGCCCUCCGCAAGCUGCGACGCCUGGACUUGCACGGCAACAAUCUAAAGCAGAUCAGCAGCAAGGCGAUGAGCGGCCUCAACAACCUGGAGAUACUCAAUCUGGGAUCGAAUGCCCUGGCCAGCAUACAGCUGAAUGCCUUCGAGCAUAUGCUACGGCUGAACAAGUUGGUCUUCAAAUCGUUGAACUUCAUCUGCGACUGCGAGCUGAUUUGGUUCCAGCAGUGGCUCAAGAAUCGGUUCCCUCAGCAGGCCGAACACGCAGUCUGUGGCUAUCCGGAGCAUCUAUUGGAUCGCCACCUGAAGUCUUUGAGUGUUUCAGAGUUGGUGUGCGUGGACUCCCCGAAACCGAGGCUGGAACAGGAGCCGGACAACAUGCUGGCCGUGAACGGAGCCAACAUCACGCUGCAGUGCAUAGCCAGUUCUCCGACGGCAGCUUCCCUGGCCGCCGCCGACGAGCUGAAGAUCAAGUGGCGCCACGACAACCAGCAUGUGCAGGAGCGUCCAAGCUCGCAGCACGAUGGCUCCAGCACGGAGACGCAAAUCCACCACGACGCGGGCACCAACCAGACCUCCAUCUACGGCUACCUGAAGCUGACGAAUGUGACCUACGAAAGCGCUGGACGCUAUCAGUGCGUGGUGUCGAAUGCCUUUGGCACCACUUAUGCGGAAAAGUUUAAGAUAUCUAUAGGAAUUCAUCCUACGUUCCUGCAAGUGCCCUCCAAUUUGACACUGGAUGCGGGGGAAACGGCCCGUCUGGUGUGCUCGGCCAGUGGAGAUCCCACGCCCGAGAUUGCGUUGCAGAAGUUUGGCGGCAGCGAGUUCCCGGCGGCCACCGAACGCCGACUGCAGGUGAUGCGCGAGGAAAACGCCUUCCUGAUAACCAAUGCCAAGCCGAUCGACUCGGGCAUCUACACGUGCACAGCAGUGAGUGCGGCGGGCGAGAUAAAGGUCAAUGCCACACUGGUGGUUAAUGACAAACCCCAGCCCAGCAUUCCCCUGGUGCACCAGGAGGUGAUUGUGGGCCGCUCCUGUGUGCUGCAGUGCCUCAGUGAAACAGCCAAUGCUGACAUUGAGCUGGAGCAUCCGCACCGCGAGUGGUUCAAGGAGAACAAGCCCAUACACAUUUCGCCAACAGCGCCGGACGGAGGUCGCUACUAUUUUUCGGAUAACAGGGAACUGCUAGUUAUCCUGAAUGCCCAGUCCACCGAUGCCGGACACUUCCGCUGCGAGAUAACCGACAAUUCGCGCACCUUUACGCUGCAGUCGGAGCUGGUGGUGGUCAAGGAGAACCUCAACUGGGAUGUCCUGCUGAUGGGCAUCAUUCUGCUGUCCGUCAUCUGCGUCGUGGCGGACUGCUGCAUCAUCUAUUGCACUUUGCGCUACCAGAAGCGCAAGCUGCGCAUGAGCCUGGCCGCCGAGCGCUUGGCUGCCCGCACUCAGGCCAGUCUGCACUCCACGCUGGACAAGGAUCAGACGCAGCUGACCACGCUGAAUCGUACGCAGCUGAGGCCGCACCAGUCGCAGCUUGUCCUCGACGGGAUCUCCACUCAGCAGCAGCAGCAGGCGCAACUGAGGCCGCGCAGUCUGGCCGAUCUGGAUUGUGGCAAUGGUGAGGCGACGCACAGUCGCCUCAUUGUGACCACAACGCCUUCCUACGAACAGCGCUGCCUGGAGCAGGGACUGACGCUCAGCUAUCUGCAACAGACCGACUUGGAGGCCCAGCAGGAUCAUCUGUCCAGCAAGGAUUCGGGCACGGGGUCAGAUGCGGCAGUCAAGCGCAGCCUGGAGGACUUUGUGAUAGCCAUGCCCAGCCACAAGCCACAUCACACAGACGACGAGGAGGAGGAGGAUGAGGAGGAUAAAGACAACGACCUGCAGUAUGCGCCCACCAGGGCGCUCGGCAUCUCCGAGUACGACGACAUGGAGCUGUACGAGCUGAAUUAUGCUGCCGCUGAGCAGCAGCACUUCCUGCAGAACAACAAUCACAACUACGACGGUGGCGGGGGCGGAGGUGGCGAAGUUGGUGGGUCCGGAGCAGCGAUACCCAAGGUGCUGCCACGCAAGUGCAGUGCCGGAGCCGGAACUAGCGGCAGCGGCAACUACAACUCCAUCCAAAAGUGCACCACUGUGGACAUUUGAAGGGAGGGCGAAACCAAAACAAGCAGGAUGAUCAGGAUAGAAAUACCAAAAACUGGCGGCUGCCCUUCGCAGUGGCCACCAACCGCAACCCGCCCCCAAAACGAACAAAGACUGUUUUACUCGUAAUUAUAAUUUGUAGAUGUGGUUGAUGGCCCAGACUUUUGGACUGGGCACCACCACCACCACCGCAGAGCAGGCGGCCUUAUCGAUGUUGCCUUUGCUAAGGAAAUAGCACGGCUAGGGCUAGAGAAACAUACCAGUGUCUUCGUAAUUUAUAAAAUGAAUCGUUAGAAUCGAUUUUGUGUAACUCGUAACUUGUAACACAACAUUUGAUAAUCCGUAUAUCAUGUAUUUAUAAUUUUCUUUCGCUUGUGAUAUUAUUUAUUAUUUUGAUUGCCCGAGUUUUAGGCGUAACACAUAUUCACCUCUGUAUAUAUCACCUAGGGCUUAAUUCUAGUUCGUAUCUAGUUUCGUAAGUCGAAGCACACUCGCUGAUGAUCAAGUGGUUGCCAGAAAAUCGGCUAUGACAACAGCUCCAAACGAGUGGGAGCGUAAGUUUAAUGGAUAUUUUGCAGUUAAUUUUUGCUUUUAAUUAACUCCUUUCGGUUGAAUUUGAAAUUAGUUUGCCUUAUGACUGGCCUUGACAAACGUAUGAACGGAAACAAUUUAAAACAAAGUCAAAAUAUUUAAUAAAAUUAUGCAUUAUUCCAAUAUAUAAA